UGCCCUUUGCCUUUAAAUCAUUUCCUCCCACAACCACCAAUUAGCUAUCCAUUCUCUGAUUCACCAUCUAGCUCAAACCUACCCACUGGGUUCAGAUCUCUCUCUCUCUCUCUCUCUCAGUGUUGUGAAGGCUAGCUAGCUACCAAGAUGCCUCAAACAAUACCGAGUUUCACCAGCUCAGUGAGGCUCAAGUACGUGAAACUUGGCUAUCGAUAUCUUGUGAACAAUUUGCUCACUGUUUUGUUCAUACCCAUCAUGGCUGGGCUCCUUUUAGAGGUACUUCGGUUGGGGCCGGAUGAGAUAUUCAGACUCUGGAAUUCCCUCGAGCUUGAUCUGGUACACAUUCUUUGCUCAGGUUUCUUGAUCAUUAUUAUCGUUACGGUAUACUUGAUGUCCAGGCCUCGACACAUUUACCUCGUCGACUUCUCUUGCUUCAAACCCUUGGGCACCUUGCGAGCACCACUCACCACCUUCGUCGAACACGGUAGGAUUAUAAAAGGCCCUGAUAGCAAGGCCGUCCAGUUCUCACUGAAAAUUUUCGAGCGCUGCGGCCUCGGUGACGAGACUUGCGUUCCCCCCGCCCUUAGGUACAUUCCCCCGGCCCUCACCAUAGCCAACAGCCGAGAGGAGGCUGAGCUUGUUAUAUUCUCCGCCAUUGAUUCACUCCUCGAAAAGACAGGGGUCAAGCCCAAGAGCAUCGACAUUCUAAUCCUCAACUGUAGCAUUUUCUCCCCAACACCGUCGUUGACAGCGAUGAUUGUCAACAAGUACAAGAUGAGGGGAGAUAUAAAGAGCUUUAACCUCUCCGGAAUGGGUUGCAGUGCCGGGAUGAUAUCCAUCGGUUUAGCUCGAGACUUGUUACAAGUCCAUCCCAACUCUUAUGCACUGGUUGUGAGCACCGAGAUCAUAACCUACAGUGGUUACUACGGGGAACAGCCAUCGAUGAUGCUCCCCAACUGUAUAUUUCGAAUGGGAAGUGCUGCUCUCCUUCUCUCCAACAUGAGGAAAGAGAGGUCACGGGCUAAAUACCGUUUGUUUCAUGUAAUCCGCACCCAUAAAGGUGCCGACGACACGGCUUAUCGCUGUGUGUACCAAGAAGAAGACCCAGACGGAUUUAAGGGCGUAUCUCUAUCCAAGGAUAUCACGAUGGUGGCCGGUCAGGCUCUCAAGUCCAACAUUACUACCAUCGGACCACUUGUGCUUCCUGCAUCGGAGCAGCUCCUGUUCGUCCUCACCCUUGUCGGCCGAAAACUCUUCGAGCGCAAGUGGAAGCCUUACAUUCCUGACUUCAAGCAGGCCUUCGACCACUUCUGCAUCCAUGCCGGAGGCCGUGCCGUGAUCGACGAGCUAGAGAAGUACCUCAAUCUUUCUGCUGAGGACGUGGAGGCCUCAAGGAUGACGCUCCACCGAUUCGGAAAUACCUCGUCAUCGUCCAUCUGGUACGAACUUAGUUACAUUGAAACCAAGGGCAGGAUGAAGAAGGGAGACCGCAUCUGGCAGAUAGGAUUCGGAAGUGGGUUCAAGUGCAAUAGCGUUGUCUGGAAGUGCAACCGAAAUAUUCGGCCACCAGUGGACAGUCCGUGGUCUGAAUGCAUCCACAGGUACCCCGUCAAAAUUCCUGAUGUCGUCAAGAUUAUUUAGUGCGAAUGUAUCCACAGAUGUGUAUUCAAUAUUAUAAUUAACUCUCUCUCUCUCUAUCUA